AUGCCACCUCAGCAUCUUGUCGUCGCCCUUGUUUCUGCUCCACUACACAUUCACAGCUCACAAUUCGGCAUGAUGGCCGAUUUACAGGAUAAACAGACCAUCUAUCAAUAUCCUGAGUUCCAGCAGUUCGUCGAUGCUAUCCUAGCAAAUCAACCUUGGAGAAAAGACGAUAACGAGGACGAGCUGAUGCAGUGGCUGCUGGGCAUGAAGAUGACAAUAUACUCGGGCACCCAUGUGUGCGAUGCCGACUGUGUUUGCGACACACAGUUCAACAUGUUCUUUGAACACAUGGAGGACAUAUCCAUGUUAGACGGCAUCGCAGGGAAGUUCAUCCUCGAAUACACCAUGGUCACCCGUCAGCGCAAGAUUGUCGCCUUCAAGAACGCUGUCGCCCACUGCAAGGUGGCGCUCAAAGUCGAAACAGACCGCACCAUAGCAUCCUUCAAAAUUGGGAUGGGUGAAAGGGAUAACGCACUGGUGAAAUGCAUUGCCGCCCACAAACACAGUGUUGAGGAUGUGGCUGCAGCUGGUAUCAAGCUCGGGAGAGCUGAGCAGUCGCUGCAUGAUGCAGAAAGCGAAUAUUCACGCGUUAUGAAGUUGCAAUCAUUCCGCCCCUGGGCAGGCCAAGUUCGCGCCGCUGAAUGGGGCGCAAAGAUCGCAGCAAUAGGCAAGCCUUGGGUGGAGAUUCCUGUCAGGAAGUAG